CGUAACUUCUCGAUAAGAGACGCACAUAUCUAAAAAUGUGAACGAUAUAUUCAAGAGUGCAUAAUCUGUCAUGUGGCAAUGUUUCGUAACAAUGAGGAAGAGGAUGAGUCAUGUUUAGAAGAAAUGAGGAAGCUUUCUUCCUUCUCCAUAGAAGCUGAAAUCCGAUACAUUUCUUCCCAAAAGUUGAAAGAACGCCGAAAUAAGCUUGUAAAAGACAUUGAAUUUGGAUAUGACACCACUGAGGAAUCUAUUUGUUUUCAUAACUUUGUUUCAUUCCUUUACUGGGAAAGUGAUGAAAGAAAACGAGCAAUGGAGUUCGCCACAAAGGCCCUUGAGAUGGGAAAAGAGAUAUCAUCGCUAAGAGAAACAGAAAAUAUAGUAACAAUUUGUAAUUUUUAUCACUUUAAUGAAGGAAUGGGAAAUGUAGCUGAGGCAAAAGAGUUUUUGAGAAACUUUAAAGAUCUGUCCAGACAAGACGAUUUUCAAAACCUCAAAUUCAGUGCAAAAGCUGAAUUAGCCGUAUGUAUUUCAAAGCUCGGUCCAUUCUGUUCAGCAAAAGCGAUUGAGAUGUUCCGCGAAUCUGUUAACAAAAUGCCUACAUUUGUAGAUUGCUGGCAGUUUUAUUUUGCUUUGACACUAAGAAGAAAAACACAUAUUCUUGCCAUUCAGAAUAAGACGGAUGCAGAGUUGAUAGGGGAAGAUAGAGAAGCGUUUGAUAUAUUUAUGAAAGUUAUUAAUAACACUUCUUCGAAAAUCUUGAGAUCCAGAUCAUUUACUGAAGUUGGAUUGAUAGUUUUCAAUAAUCAAGACAAAUAUAAAGAUAUGAAUUAUAUGGAAUUCUUUGAAAAGGCGAUAGAAGUCAACCCCAAGUCAUACCACGCACUCCAGCGCUAUGGACAGCAUUUGAGAUAUCAGAAAAACCUACAAAAAUCAAAAGAAAUACUUGAAAAAUCUCUGACCAUUCGAGAAACAACCAUUGGUUAUCAUCAUCUUGGUUUAACUUUUCAAAACAUGGUUUUACAAGAACAUCGUGAAAAAAAGAAAGCCAGGCAUCCAAAUCGGAAAAAUAUCCUAAAACAAGGAUAUUUUAACACAAGAAGUCAUGUUCCAAGACAACAAUCUUCAAAAGCGGUUAGUCCAGAUAUGAAGAACAAUUAUGAUCGAGAAAAAUCACUGGAAGCAACUCGAUAUUCUGGACAAGUAAGGGCAAAAAUGAAAUCGGUUAGAUAUGUCACAGGAUGA